CGACUUCUCCCCGAGCGGGCACGCGCAAAGAAGCGCGCCGGCCCGGGCGUGGCGAAGUGUAAGCGAGGCCUGGCGCGAGCUGCCGCAGUGCGCCUGCGCACAACCUACCCCGCGAAGAGAGGCCAUUGCGCAUGCGGGCGUGUCUCCCGGGACUCUAGAGCAGGGAGUCCCCGGCACCUUCGGUAGGUUUGGCGUGCGCGGGAUUCCGCAGAUCUGGGGCGAGCUUGCACAUUAUAUCACCGGUGUAUCUCUCCUUGCUUGCUUACGUUGCCACCACUUAGGCCUCUGUUGCAGAAAUCGCCAUAGACUCUGAAGGGCCGCGGAAUCGGGAAGACCUUGCUGACUGACUGAUUUACACACUCUCCGCAGCCCUGCGUGCACAGUUGAACGGAGACGUUCAUUUUCCUCAGUUUUGCAGCUACUCUUCGGCCCUGUUAGCUUCUCGGGACGGGCUUCCCCAGCCUCGACCGGAAGGUCGGGCGAAAACUCAGAAAAGCAAUUACUCUUCCCUGGUGAGGCUGCUGGAGGAUCAUUAAUAGCGACAUGAUUCCACUUGCAGCCCUAUGGAGAUUGGUUCCACUCUCUUCCCCUUAACAGUUGUGGUCUUUUCACUUUCCUAUGCUGUUUAAGUGCCAGAAUGAGUGACCGCUAUCUAGAACAAAGGAUUAGUAUCAAGUUUUGCGUGAAAUUGAACAAGUCUGCAAGUGAGACCCACCACCUUUUGAAAGAAGCUUAUGGGAAUGAAGUCAUGUCAAGGGCCCGAGUUUUCGACUGGCACAAAAGAUUUAAAGAAGGGCGGGAAGACGUUCGAGAUGACGCCCGAAGUGGUCGUCCAGUCACCCACCGGACGGAUGAAAAUAUCCAGAAGGUCAAGGACUUGGUUUGUUCAAACAGGCGGUUGACUGUGAGGAUGAUGGCCGAAGAGUUAAAUUUAGAUAAAGAAACCGUUAGACUCAUUUUGAAAGAAAACUUGAAUAUGAGGAAAGUUUCUGCAAAAGUUAUAUCAGGUAUUUUGAAGGAUGAACCUAAACCUCGGAGAUUUGACUUUCAGUCUGAUCUUUCAAAGGAAACUAGGAAAAAUAGCUCGUGUGUAAGGAAAAAGAUAAGUUCUGAAACAUGGACUCAUCUCCAGUGUGAAGCUGGUGGGGAAAUACCUCUGCCUGUAUCCCAUCCCCAAAACCACUACCCUGCCAGCCAGUUUCUGCAGGCUUCAUCAUCAACAAGCCUUCCCUCCAGGGCAGCUCAGGAUUGGUUCACCCCGUGGUGAAAGGAAUGUGAGGUAGCUGAGCCUGAGUUAGAAAGCUGCCUCACAGGCACCUUCAUUUGCUGCUCAUCCAUUGUCAGUCUUCACCCGCUCCUUCCCACGUUACCACCCUCCUAGUUACCCUUGCUGGACUCCUGGGCCGUCUUCCAAUUUUGAGGAACUUUUGCCUGUUGACUUCUGGUACUUACUUGUUUCUUGAUUUCUUUUGCUUGUUAAAGUUUGGAUCUCCUUGCUGCCCAAACCUUAGCUUGUUGUGGCUGUCCUGUUCUUGUGUUCUCAACAUUCUGCCUCAGGGGAUCAUACCACUGAAAGGUGGGAACAGGACCUCCCGGAGUCCUUCUGUGCCCAUGAAGGCAUAUUCUGGGAGGACCCCAAAAGAAGGCCUACAGUUCCAGCCUGCUUCACAGGCAGGACCUGAGGUAUGGUACAGAAGGCAGUGGUAUGCUGACCUAGUGAGCAUUGUUAAGGGCGUAUCCAGCCCAAAUGACUCAGUGGGAACCCCUCAGUACACAGGGGUUGGCCACCUAUACUCACCUUCUCACAGACCUGUCUUUUACAGAGGAGCUGGAUUUGUUUCAUGAGUCCUGUGCUCUGGACCCCCACUCAUUUGGGUAUCCCCUCUGUUGGAAGAGGAGGAUUUGGUCCUAGAAAAUAUAAGCCAGGGGACUCAGACCCAGGCCGCGAUGUGUGAGGAGGAAGACGAGGUGAUACUCUAGACCUUGAAUUGAGGGAGUCUGCUGCUUAUGUGCUGAUUCCCAUACAGCAGCCUGUUUUUAGUAACUAAUGCCAACCCUGUCAGGUGGUUUUUGAGCACCUGCAGUUUUUAGAACACUGCUGGGCAUUGACCGUGUGAAGGUAUAAAACAAGAUCACUAAGGGCUGGCUGGGUGGACAUCCAGAUGAGAUGAUUCCUGGCUGGAUCCAUAAAGAAAGGUGAGACAGGAGGCUAGGAAAUUAGAGAAAGCUUCCCAAGCAGGUGGAAUAGCAUGAGGUUUUGAACCUGCAUCGGUAUGAAAAUGAUGGCACUGUUGGCUGAAAUAGCAAAGUCGGGAGGAAGAUAAUGGUGUUUGUUGCAGAAGAUGAACAAUUUGGGAUAAUUUGCUUCCUCUUCUCUGCCCUAACUAUGCCAUUAGUUUAUAAAUUGCUUUCCCUGAAUCUGUGGAUAGGUUUAUAAUAACUCACUUAUUUGAUGAUCUAGUUUUCCCAUCAACCCCCCCCCAAAAAAAAGUUCUGCAAGUUUAGACUCCUUUAUCUCUUUCUGCCUCUCCGCCAGGAUUUAUGGAAUGGAACUUUUCCCAAGUGGAUUCCAAGUAAUACCACAUAGACUGGAAACAUCUCAGAAAUGCCUGAUGGAGGUGCAGUGGAGGAAUGGUUAGAAACAGCAUUUCACAGGAUUAGCCAAUGUCUGUGUUUUACCCAAGGAUUUUUACAUGUAACAGUCCCUAUUAUUUAACUAGUAAGUUAAUAAGCCAUAUUGGUUGAUAGAAGCCCAACACUAUUCAACACAGUUAUGUUUAGUUCUGUUCUUUCACUGUCUCUAUCCCCUUCAAAAAAUGACAAGUUCCCUACUAAUAGCUGUUAGUUUUGAAGCGCUCUGAAACCUAGACCUUAACCCACGAAUAAAAGAUCUUGUGCAAAAGAACUCGUAAACCAAACAACAGCUUAUAGACUUCUACCUACUUUGACAUUUCUAGACAUUCCGUUUCAGGACCAUUACAUCUAUAUCAGAUGAGGCCCUGGUUCCCCACAAGCACUUGUCUCCAGAGACACUGCACUUCUGGAACAAAGCCCCCAUAGCUGGCUAUUGCAACUUUGUGGCUGAACCUCAUAUUAAUCCUUGCUAGGCUCAGUGGUAAUUCGUGGAAAACUGUAUGCUCCUUGGCCAGGGCCAGGAUUCUACAACAGUAUCUCUAGGCCUUAUCUCCAACCUGAGAGAACUUAUUUCUGGACUUAUUCCUGUCCUGUGAACAGGGCUGGAGUGAGCCUUCCAAAGAUGCUGGACUAAGACCAUGCUGGAGCAUAGGGUACCAGAAGCAUUGUUGGCCCAGACAGGGUUUGGACACGGCAACUGGAAGCAGUAGCACCAAAAGGUGGCAAUGGAGACAGGCCAAACCGCUCAUUUGGUCCGUGAACAAUUAACUGGCUGGUGGACAUGGAGGCUGUGUGAUACUGUGAUGGUAGCAAGAGUGUGGGACAGAAGGGAACAGGGCCUGCCACAGAGGAGAAGGCAAGGGGCCAGAAUCCCUACAAAGAAAGCCAAAGUGAUAUGAGAAGUUACAGUGAGCAGCGUGCUCCUGUUAUGUAAUACUAGGUAAAUAAAAGAGCACGUAUGGAUCAAGUAUAUUCUGACAAUGGGAAAGAAUAUGGAAAUACUCUCCCAAGCAAAAUUAAUCUCAUUCUUGCAUUCUUUCAUACCAAGUGAGUAUUCUCAAGAUGGAUUUUAUUACAGCUGAUUCUCUGAAGAAUCCUUGAGCCUUCCAUAUAAUUUUGUUAGGAUAGGAGGGGCUUGUGAUGUGCCAAGCCUACCUCCUCCCAUACUGGAACACUCAAGCCACAUGGAUGUACAUGGGAAUAUUUGGUAUCCCACACUGAGAAUUCUGCAACAUAUCAUUAGUCAUCUUAAUAUUGUAACUUACAAAACUAAAGUUUGCAAAUGUUAUUUUGAUGGAAUCCGGAAUUGCUGUGCUUUUUGUUUAUGUCUGAAGAGUAAUCAUGUUACGGGAUUUUAAAGUGAGAAAUGGUGUAGAUAAUGCCUAUCCAUAGAUGAAAUGGUUGUUAUCUUGGGAAAAUAUGUCCUUUGUUGUUGCUUUAGCAAAAUGUUUAUCAUUAAAAUGCCAAAUAUACCUCUUUGGUAAAAUUUCAAACUUCCAAAUGAAUAUGUACAUCUUUUAUAGGCGUACGUAGAUUUGUCAAGUUGAUUGGUCUGUAGGAAGAACAGGUGUUAGUACUGGCUCCUUAACAAAUCAUGUGCCUUGGGGCAGUCCACUUUGCACCCUUGGGGCACUCCAGUUUACUCAUCUGUAAAAGGAGAAUAGUAACACUUACCUCGUUUUGCUGGUUCAGCAAAUAUUUAUUGACUGCUUAUGUGUAUCUGACACUGUUCUAAACACUGAAGAUAGAGCAAUAAAUGAGACAAGAGAGUGUUCCUCCUCCUGAGCAUACAUUUAAGUGGAGGAGACAGGCAAGAGCAAGAAUAUAGCAUGUUAGAUAGUGAUUAUUAGAUAUGAGGCUUACUUUAAAUAACGUCAGUGGCACCCAGCGCAAGACCUGGCAUGCAGUAAAGGACUCAAUAGAUAGCUAUUUCCUUUGCUUCUUUAGUCUUCCCAACAGCUGUUGAAUUACUCUACAAAAUGGCAAUAAUCGGCAAAAAGCCUGACCCAUUGCCUUCUGGCUCUUGCCAGUUAAUAAAGCCUAAACCUGUUUUUGCUUAAGAAGACAAAUUACAGUUGUGUUUUGUCCUUCCUGUAUGGCAGAUUUAUCAAGGUGGCGCCUAAACACUGUUGAUAGAUGGCCUUUUCUGAAGCCAGUUGGCAGGGGUCUCAGCCUGGGGCUAGAUGGCAGGUGUUAGGUCCACAAAGACAAACGCAUGGUGUCAUUGCUGUUUAAGCAGAACAGAUGCAGAGACUGUAAUGGCUCUUUCUGUUCAAGAUGUGUGCCCAUGUCCUAUUCCCAGUGCUGGUGAACUGGGCAAAACUUGCAUUAUUUGUGGGAGGCCAGGGCAUUGACAGCCAGGAAAAGGAGGGUUUAAUGCUUGUGGUAUGUUUAUCUUUCUGCCCCACAUGGAAAUUUUGGAAGGUUUAGGAAUGCUAGAAAACAGCAGCCAAAAGUUCACCCCUAGGGUUCAGGUAUUUCACCAGACCCAUUUCUCUGUCUCAUCUUCCUCCGGGAACAUCCAGUGAGCAUUCAUUUAGUGAAUUCCUUCAGGUCUGGGCCUGCGUGAGGCACAGGGGGUUGGGCCCUUUCCCUCAGGCUGCCCAGCCUCGUGGCAUGGGGAAGGGGCCAGAGGUGGAGAGACCACUGAGAAUGAGCUCCCACCUUAGACUGUCCAUCUUUCCUGGAGGACAGCUGUAAGGAACAAGCUUUUAUAAAGAAUUUGGGACAGAAAGUUAGAAUGAUCACACAUAGGGUGAUGGUGGGAAUGAGAAAACACACAGAACAAUGGUUAACUGGCCUGCUGGCUAUACCAUCCCCAGGAUUCGGUGUGAAGUUGUACCUCUCAGAGGAAACUGGAUGUCGGGCUAUGGGCCAGUCCCCCUGUACCUUGCCUUAAGAACCAAAUAAGUGAAAAUUCAGAAUUACAACUCAGCUUAGAUGAGGAAAUUGGCCCAGGGAGGUUGAGUCACUUUUCUUGAAUCACACAUCUAGCUGGUGGCUGAGCCAGGAUAAUAAUGAAGGACCUUGAAUUUCACUCAGACAAGUGAGUUUUUUUCCAUUACUCCACUGGUAAUAAUUGCCUUUACUAAUGUGUACAUUGUUAAGAUGUCUUUAAAAUAGCAGUCAACCUCACAUUUGAUAUGAUUUACCAACAGUUGAUUUACAUGCAACUUUUAGGGAACAUAUUUAUAGCAUCAAAGUAGGACAGAGGUUUUUCCAAGUUUCCUUGGGGUGUCCAGGCCCUCUGGUCCUUCCAGAGGUGUGUAUUCAUAAGUAAAUGCUGGUAUUCUGUCAUUCAUUUUUUCCAGAUGUCCUUCCCAAGUAGUGUGUUAGGCUUUAUGUUUUUAAUAUUUCUCAUAUAUAUUUUUAAAAUCUGGGCACAUAAAUCCUAAUAAAGUUCUUAACUAUCUCCUCCAUGCUAUCUCAAAUUUCAGGGUGUGUUUAUAUUUAUGACACAGGGUCUAAAGGCGUAAAUGCUAUCACAUCAUUAGGGUUUAUAUUCCUAAACCAUAGACUUGUGUUUCUAGAUGUUCUGAAAAUUCUUUACACUUCACUUGUAAAUGCCACUAUAUACUGUGCCAUGACAUUUCCAUAGUAACACAUAUUUCAAACAGGAACACAGGAAGCCCAAGGAAAAGGGAAGUAGGCUUCAAAUGAAAAAAAAAAAUCAUUAAAAAUAGAAUACAUAAGAUGGGGAAGAAGGGUGUAAAUUCUGGUUUGAUGUGCCCUGAGAACAGAGUGUUCUGCAGACCCACCUUAGGGACAUGCAAUGUCCACCACCCACCAAGUGGCCUAAUUGUGGCAUCACACUUUUAGACCCUCACAUUCAGUGAGGUCCAUGUCAUUACCCUAACAUUUCUUAGUAUCACCUACUGUGACCAGAUUGAGGUGGUUACCCACCUGUCACCUCACUGUCCUGAAGCCCAUUGUCCACACUGCUGCACAUGUGCUGUAUGGUUUAGAGUUUAUUGAAAACCAGUGGCUUUUGGACCCCAGUUUUUUGAGCUUCCGCAAGUCACGCCCUCUGCCUGGACUCCCUUGCUGCUGCCAUCCACCCAGCAAACUCCUACUCAGCACUCGAGCCUUAACCUUACCAUUGCUGUUCUCUGCAGUGGUAAAGCAGCCACCCCCAGCGUACAUACACACUCUUAUGUCAAAGAAACGUUAACACUUAAUUGAACUUAAUUGUUUGCGGAAUGUUUUUCCUCCCUUACCAGCCCAUGACCUCCUCAAAAGCCAAGACCACAUCUGAAUGUUCUCUGUAUUCCCUGCAUCCAGAAUAAAGCUUGUCUGGAAUUGUUCAAUAAAUGUUUGAUAGAUGAAUAAAAGAAUAGACUUUUAUGGGAAUUGCUUUUUUUUAUUGUGGCAAAGUUCAUACAACAAAAUUCACCAUUUUAACCAUUUUAAAGUGCACAUUUCAGUGACAUUUAGUAUAUUCACAGUGUUGUACAAUCACUACCACUAUCUAGUUCCAGAACAUUUUCACCACUCCAAAAGGAAAUCUUGUAUCCAUUAAGCAGACACUCCCCAUUCACCCACUACCCCAAGCCCCUGGCAACCAACCACUAAUCAACUUCCUGUCUCUGUGGAUUUGCUUAGUCUGAAAUUUUCAUAUAAAUGUAAUCAUGCAAUAUGUGGCCUUUCGUGUCUGGCUUCUUUCAUUUAGCAUCAAGACUCAUCCAUGCUGUAGCAUGUAUCAGUAUUUCAUACAUUUUUAUGGCUGAAGAAUAUUCUAUUGCAUUGAUAUACCACAUUUUCUUUAUCCAUUCAUCCACUGAUACACAUUUGUGUUUCUCCCUUUUGACUGUUAUGAAUAGUGGUGCUAUGAAUGUGUGUAUGUACAGAUUUUUGUUUGAACACAUAUUUUUAAUUGUGGGUACAUAUGUAGAAUGGAAAUGUUUGGUUAUGUGGUAAGUCUAUGUUUAACUUAUUGAGGAACCACCAGACUGUUUUCCAUAGCAGUCGCCCAUUUUACAUUCUCAGCAGCAGUGUAAGAACUGAGGGUUCCAAUUUCCCCAUGUUUUCGUCAACAAUUAUUAUUUUCCCUAUAUAUGUAGAGAGAUAUAUGUCUAUAUAUCUCCAUCCUAGUGAAUAUGAAGUGGAAUCUCAUUGUGGUUUUGAUUUGCAUUUCCCUAAUAACUAAUGAUGUCAAGCAUUUUGGUGAGCUUUCUGGCCAUGUGUGUAUCUCUGGAGAAAUGUCUAUUAGAUAAGCUUUUUAUUUGAGUUGUCUUUUUGUUGUUGAGUUGAAAGAGUUCUUUAUAUAUUCUGGUUACUAGACCGUUAUCUGAUAUAUGAUUUAUAAAUAUCUUCUGCCAUUCUAUGGAUUGUCUUUUCACUUUCUGGAUAGUGUCCUUUGGUAGAGAAGAGUUUUAAUUUUGAGGAAGUCCAGUUUAUUUAUUUAUAUGUUUUUUUGGUUGCUUUGUGCUAAGAAACCAUUGCCAAAUCCAGAAUCAUGAAGAUUUAUCCCUAUGUUUUCUCCCAAGAAUUUUAUAGUUUUAGCUAUUAUAUUUAGGUCUUUGAUCCAUUUUGAGUUUGUUUUUGUAUAUGGCGUGAAGUAAGUGUCCAACUUCAUUCUUUUACAUGUUAAUCUCCAGUUAGUUAUUCCUGCACCAUUUAUUGAAAAGACUCUUCUGUUCCCAUUGUCACAUCUGUUAUUGAAAGAUACUUUCAAAUUAUAAGUUGACAGUUUUUUUCUGUACCUUGAAGGUUUUGCUCCAGUGUCUUCUGGCUUACAUUAUUUCUGUUGUAAUUCUUAUCUUUGUUCCUCUAUAUGUACUGUUUCCUCUUGCUGCUCUUUUUUUUUUUUUUUUUAAGAUUUUAUUUACUUAUUUGGGAGAGAGAAUGAGAGACAGAGAGCACGAGAGGGAAGAGGGUCAGAGGGAGAAGCAGACCCCCCCGCUGAGCAGGGAGCCCGAUGUGGGACCCGAUCCCGGGACUACAGGAUCAUGACCUGAGCCGAAGGCAGUCGCUUUACCAACUGAGCCACCCAGGCGCCCUCCUCUUGCUGCUCUUAAGACCUCUUCUGUAUUACUGACUUCAGCAAUUUGAUUUUAUAUGCACUGGUAUAGUAUUUUUCGUGUUUCUUAUGCUUGGGGUUCAUUGAGCUUCUUAGAUUUCUUCUCACCAAAUUUGGAAAAUUAUGGACAUUAUUUUUUCAAACAUUUUCUCUGCCCCUACUUCCUUUAGGGGUUCCGAUUACAUAUAUAGUAGGCCACUUGAAGUUGUCCCACAGCUCACUGAUACUCUGUUCAAUUUUUUCCUCUUUUAGUUUCUAUUGCUGUGUCCCCAAAUUUAUUAAUGCUUUCUUCUGAAAUGUCUACUCUAUUUUAAUCUUAUUUUGUGGAUUCUUCAUCUCAAAUACAGUGGUUUCCAUCUCAAGAAAUUUGACUUGGGUUUUUUGAAUAUAUUUUUUAUUUUGGAAUAAUUUUAGAUUUACAGAAAAUUUGCAAAGAUGGUAUGGGGUGUUCCAAAUGCCCCUCAUCCAGUUUUAGUUUCUCCCAAUGUUAUUAUCUUACUGUGGUGCACUUAUCCCAAAACUAAGAUACCAACGUUUGUGCAUGACUAUUAACGAAACCCCACACUUUAUACAGGUUUCAACAGCUUUUCCAAUAAUGUCUUUUUUUCUGUCCCAGGAAUCAGUAAGAUAUCAGAUCUCAUUUACUUGUUAUGUCUUGUUAGUCUCUUCUGACCCAUGACAGUUUCUCAGUCUUAUCUUGUUUUUCAUGACCUGGAAUGUUUUAAAGAACACCUGGUCAUGUAUGUUAUAGAAUAUCCCUUAAUUUGGGUUUGUCUGAUGUUUUUCUCAUGAUUAGCUGGGUUUUGGGUUUUGAGAAAGAAUAGCAGGUAAAGUGUUCUUGUUAUUACAUCAAAUUAGAGGGCACAUGAUAGCCACAUGACAUCAUUGGUGACCUUCACUUUAAUCACUUGAUUAAGGUAGUUUUGAUAGAUUUUCCUACUGUGAAGACACUGUUUUUUCCUUUCCAUACUCUGUUCUUUGGAAGCAAGUCACCCAGUUCAGCCCACACUCAAGGGAAAGGGAAUGAUUAAGUUCCACCUCCUGCAAAGAGGGAGUAUCUGCAUCUGUUAUUUGGAACUCUGUAUAGAAUAAUUAUCUUUCUGGGGCGCCUGGGUGGCUCAGUCGUUAAGCGUCUGCCUUCGGCUAAGGUCAUGAUCCCGGGGUCCUGGGAUCGAGCCCCACAUCGGGCUCCCUGCUCAGCGGGAAGCCUGCUUCUCCCUCUCCCUCACUUAUGUUCCCUCUCUCGCUGUGUCUCUCUCUGUCAAAUAAAUUAAAAAAAAAAAAGAAUAAUUAUCUUUCUUCCCAUUUUAUUCACUCAUUUAUAUCAUUUUGGACUCAUGUAUAUUUAUUUGAUAUUUUGCAUUAUAAUCCAAUGCUAUGUUAUUUAUUUUAUUGCUCAGAUUGUUCCAGUUUGGGCCAUUGGAUGCUCUUUCAGGUUCGCUUCUGUGUCUCUUCAACAUCUUCUCAUUCUUUUGUUUUUGAACACUUCCUUACUUUCUAGUACUACAGCAUGCUCCAGAAUCAUCUUGUAUUUUCCCUGUUCUAGAUCUGCAAUCAAACAUUUCUCUAAAGAACCCUGGUUCCUUUUAUUGGAGAAUGGUAUUUAGAAACCAAGAGAUGGGCACUGAGUGUGUUUGUUGCUACUGUGACUUGGACCUUUUUGGCAUCUUCUAUGUCUCUAACAAGCUUAGUGUUUUUUCUAGUUUCUUGAUCACAUGAAAUACAGUUGUAACUGUUUUUUAUCCAUUUUAUCCAUGUUUUUAUCCAUUCUACCUAUCUUGGUCAGUUUCAAUUGAGGGAUUUUGAAUGAUCAGAAAUAGCUUUUGGCUAUUACCUUUAAACAUUGUUAGAUGGGACCAGAGCAGAAUUAGUCUAGCACUAAUUUUACCCCACUAUUGUGGCGAAGCCCACCUGAUGCCUUGUGAAAUAUGCCUGCCACUCUGAAUGUUGGGAAUAGAAACUGAACCUGUGUGUUCUUUGGGAAUUGUUCCUUCUAGUUCCUUUGGAUGGUUCUCUCGGGUCUCAAGUAUUUUCCUCACAUGUAUGCUGAAGACUCAAGGGGGAACCUUACCAGAUAGCCAGAACUUUCUUUUGGUGCAGAUUUCUUCUCUUUGGCACUCUUCCCUGUGAACUCUUGCUACCUUGACCUCCCCAGACUUGUAGCUCCAUCUCUUCAACUCAGAAAAACCACUGAGUUCCACCUGGGUUUAUUCUGUCAGCACUAUGGCCUAGAAACCCUUUCUGGGAGGUAAGCAGGGACAAUCAUAGGGUUCACCUCACUUGCUUUCUGUUUCCCAGGGAUUACUGGUUUUAGUUGCUUGAUAUCCAAUGUCUUAAAAAUCACUGUUUCAUAUGUUUUGUCCAGAUUUGUAGCUGCUUCGAGUAGGGAGGUAAGUAUAGUCCCUAUUACUGUACCUUGGCCAGAAGCCACAGUAUAUGCAUAGGAAAUUAAUAGAGCCAGGGGCUAUGAUUGGCACACAGGCAUGCAUAUCAUAAGACUUAAAAAGAUAAUGUCAUGGGGCAACCUGGGUGGCUCAGUCGUUAAGCGUCUGCCUUCGGCUCAGGUCAUGAUCCCAGGGUCCUGGGAUCGAGCCCCGCAUUGGGCUCUCUGCUCAGCAGGAAGCCUGCUUCUCCCUCUCCCACUCCCCCUGCUUGUGUUCCCUCUCUCGCUGUCUCUCUCUCUGUCAAAUAAAUAAAUUUUUUAAAAAAUCUUAAAAAAAAAAAAGUUAUAUUGUGGUUAAUAGACUCUGGAACCAGACUGCCUGGGUACAAAUUCUGGCUCAGCAUCUUACUACCUGUAUAUCCUGGGCCAAUUAUAUAACCUUUCUGGGCCUCAAUCUUCUCAUCUUAAAAUGGGGCCCAUAAUGGUCAUUAUUUCAUUGGCCUGAGAUGGGGAUUAAAUAGAUUAAAACAUAUGAAGCGUUUGGAGCAGUGCUUGGUUCAAAACAAGUAUUCAAUAAAUAUUAGUUAUUUAUAUACCUGUUAAAAGUGGCCAGCAAAUUUGACUGUGAGUUUCCUAGUGACCCUAGCAAAGUGGAAAUAUCAGAUACAUGAUUCAGUGCCCAUAAAAUAUAUGCAAAUUGGUUGGACAGGAGAAGUACAUAUUUCUGAAUAUUACCCCCCAAGAUUCCUCGUGAAGAGAAUACUGUAUGUACCUGGAAUAAUAUACCAGCGAGAGAAAAUUUCCUAGGAUUUUGUCUUUACCAUCCCUCCAAAUAGCCAAUAACUUCACACUAGAGCUCCGUAUAGUAAAAGUACUUCCACUGUGACUGAAAUAUCGCAAUACCUUUAGUCUGGCUUAAUCCAAAAAUAAAAUUUAUAGCAUCAGAAUGAAACUACUGAACCACAUGUCAUUUGGGCGAUUCUCCAUAAGUAUGGGGGGGUCAAUUAGGAGAUAGUUACAGUGGUUAAGGGAAGAGGCAAGUAAAGCCUGAGCCAAGAACUAGCUAAAGAUGAAAGGGGGUUGGCACAGAACCAACCCACUGUACUGUGAGAAUCCACAAAUUUUGGCAAUUGACUCAGUGUGUAGCAAUAGGGAGGAAGAACUUUUGAGGCCAAGAGUGUAUGUAUGGAAAGAUGGAAAGAAAAAGCUUGACUGUUGUGUUCUUCAAAUCUUCUAUAACCUUACAAAUAUUUCAUCAGCUUACUCAAAUCAGCUACUGAGGGAGAUGUGUUAAAAAUUUUCACUAUGUGGAUUUGUCCAUUUCUCGUCAUAUCUUAUAUAUUUGGAGGCAGUAUUUCCAGUUGGUACAGAGAGGUUCUGGCUCAUAUCUUCCUGAUGAACUGUCCCUUUUGUCACUAAAGUAUAUGACUGUGGGGCGCCUGGGUGGCUCAGUCAGUUAGGCAUCUGCCUUCGGCUCAGGUCAUGAUCUCAGGGUCCUGGGAUCAAGCCCCGCAUCCAGCUCCCUGCUCAGCGGGAUGUAUGCUUCUCCCUCUUCCUCUGUGUGCUCUCUCUCUCUCUCUCUUUCUCAAAUAAAUAAACAAAAUCUUAAAAAAUAAUAAUAGUAAAUUUUUAAAAAGUGUAUGACUAUGGGGCGCCUGGGUGGCUCAGUCGUUAAGUGUCUGCCUUUGGUUCAGGUCAUGAUCCCAGGGUCCUGGGAUCAAGCCCCGCAUCGGGCUCCCUGCUCCACGGGAAGCCUGCUUCUUCCUCUCCCACUCCCCCUGCUUGUGUUCCCUCUCUUGCUGUGUCUCUCUCUGUCAAAUAAAUAAAAUCUUAAAAAAAAAAAAAAGUAUAUGACUAUAUCUCUAAUAAUGCUUUUUAUCUUAAAAUUUAUUAUUAUUGCAUUACUUCACUUAGUGUUUACCCAGUGUAUUUUCCCCCAGCCUUUUAACAUUUCUGGGUCAUUACCUCGUGAAUGUAUUCUUGUAAUCAACAUACAGCUAGGUUUUAAAUAAAAAAAUAUGAGAAUCUAAAAAAAAGAAAUAUGAGAAUCUUUUCUUAGUCAUGUUUCUGUUUCUUAUUAUGAUGAUAUAUUGGGAAUUUUCCCAUUGUUUUGUUUUGUCUGUUUACCAUAUGUUUGCUUUAUUCUUUUGUCCUGUCUUGGUUUAGUUGUUUUCUUUACUCCCUUUUUAUUCUUAGGAGUGGUUUGGAAGUUAUACAUUCUAAUUCUGUUCCUUCGGUGGAUAUUUUUACAUUAUUAAUGUGCAUACUUGACUUAACAUUGUUAAGUUAAUAACUAUGUCUAGCUCAUUGUGAAGAUUUCAGGAUCCUUAGAAUUCUUCAGUUCUGAUCUCCAUCCCCUUCUAUCUUCCAAGUAAUUUGGGUUUUAGUUUUUUGGUUCCAACUUUUAACCCCCCCAUUAGAUAAUUUAACAGCCAGUAUUUAUUUAGAUUUACAAGCCUGCAUAUUAAUUUAUUUGCCUACCUUUCUUCAGUCCCUUUUCUUUAUUGAAAUAUAAUUCGUGGGGCGCCUGAGUGGUGCAGUCGGCUAAGCAUCUGAGAUCGAGCUCCACGUCCAGCUCCAUGCUCAGCACAGUCUGCUUGAGUUUCUCUCUUCUCCCUCUGUCCCUACCCUGCCCCCCCAUCUCUCUAAAAUAAAUAAAUAAAUCUUAGGGGUGCCUAGGUGGCUCGGUUGAUUAAGCAUCUACCUUUGGUUCAGGUCGUGAUCCCAGGGUCCUAGGAUGUCUCUCUCUCAAAUAAAUAAAAUCUUUAAAAAAAUAAAUCUUAAUAUAUAUAUAUAUAAUUCACAUACAAUGAAAUUCCCCCUCUUUAAGUGUACAAUUCUAUAGUUUUUAGUAUAUUCACAAAACUGUGCAACCAUCACCAUUAUCUGAUUUUAGAACAUUUUUUCUUAAAGGUUUUAUUUAUUUAUUUGUCAGAGAGAGAGAGAGCACAAGCAAGGGGAGCGGCAGGCAGAGGGAGAAGCAGAUUCCCCAUUGAGCAAGGCACCCGAUGCAGGACUCAGUCCCAGGACCCUGGGAUCAUGACCCGAGCCAAAGGCAGACACUUAACCUACUGAGCCGCCCAGGCAUCCCUGAUUUUAGAACAUUUUCAUCAUUCCCAAAAGCAAUCCCAUAUCCAUUACCAGUCACUUCCCAUUCCCUCCUAUCCCUAGCCCCUAGCAACCAUUAAACUACUUUCUGUCUCUAUGGAUUUGCCUAUUCUAUAGAAAUUUCUUAUAAAUUGAAUCAUGUAAUAUAUGGCUUUUCAUGUCUGGUAUCUUUCAAGUAGCAUGAUGUUUUCAAAGUUCAUCCAUAUUGGGGCAUGUAUCAGUACUUCAUUCUCUUUUAUGCCUGAAUACUAUUCCAUUGUAUGGAUAAACCACAUUUUAUUUACUAGUCAUUAGUUGAUGGACAUUUAAAUUGUUUCUACCCUUAAGCUAUUAUGUAUAAUGCCACCGCGAACUUUUGUGUAAAGUAUUUUUGUGGAUAUAUGUUUUCAGUUCCCUUGGAUAUAUAGGUAGGAGUGGAAACUGUUAUUUCUUGUAUUCAGUGGUGUGCUGAUAUUUAACAGCCAGCUCUUAUUUGGUAGGGGGUAAGGGGAGCCCUGAUCUGUAGCAUUUGUUGAUCUCUGGGGUGUAAAUGCUCAAAUUGCCGACGUGACAUCACUGAAGAUGGGAAGAAAUGCACAGUGGCACACCAUUCUGUAUUACUUCUACCAUAUAGAUAUAGGAGAUAUGAAUUAUCUCAAGAGCAUAGAUAAUAGCAACACUAUAGUAAAAUAAUUAAGAAGUGAUGGAUUGUGAGGAUUUUUUUUUA